AUGGAAUCCUGGACAGACCAAGAACCGGCGCGAAAGCGGAUGAGAAAGGGCACGAGAAGUUGCACAGAGUGUCGGCGACGCAAGAUACGAUGCACAUUCAACCCCAACCGUCCAGAAAUUUGUAAUGAGUGUCGGUCCAGAGGCAUGAAAUGUGUUGAUCAAGAACAUGCGGUUAUUACCCCUCCAUCGUCCGGCUACCAGCAGAACUCCCAACUUGGCGAACAGCCAUACAGUCUCCGCGAGCGAGUCGCGCACCUGGAGAGCCUCGUAGAGAGGUUAACCAAGCGACUAGACCAACGGGACUCUAACACUCCACCUUGUGAGCACCAUGGGAUAAAUCAAUCGGACGGUAUAAAAGCCCAUUCAAGGCCACUGGCUACCGAGCCAGAUGAACUAGGCCCAUCCAGUGACCAGAUUUGCAAUGCGCCGAUACUACAACUGUUUGACAACUAUGUCGUGAGCCGCCAAGAGGACUCGUCGAAUAAUGAUAAAUUCGCCGGUGUUCAGGACAUGUCGCCAAAGGCCGAAGCGGUGCGUGCAGAACUCAUGUCUCUCCUCCCUCCUGCAGAGGAUAUGAAUAAGAUAAUCAAUACGUCCUUCCAUUGGUUCGUGUGGCAAGAUCAUCUCCCAGGGCUGUUCGAUCAACAUGCCGACAGACUCGUUUUUAAUGAAAAUUGUCGCGAUAAUCUAGUGGCUCCCGCCGAAGUCGCUAAGGCACUUAUGUGCCUAUGUAUCAGUGCGGUUCAUGCCCCGUCUGAAUUUGACUUUGGUACUUUAACCGUGCCCUUUGAACCUCAAAAAUUCUCCGAUCAAUGCAUUGAGAUGGUGGACCGUUUAAUCGUCCGUGAUGACAACUUCGCGGCUACCCUGCCCGGUAUAGAAUGCCAGAUGUUGCUCCACAGGGUUCAUAUGACUGAUGGCCGGCUCCGGAAAGCUUGGCUGGUAAUCCGUCGGGCAAUCGAGUUUGCCCAUUUAGCUGGAAUGCAUCUGUCCACCAAGGUUCCAAGGCCAGACGACUCUUUUUAUGAAAGGCGCUUGAAAAUCUGGUGUUCCCUGGCAACAUCGGAUCGAGUCCUGAGUUUGAUUCUUGGCCUGCCUUAUGGUAUCAGCGAUCAAUUCUUUUUGCCACAGAUGGAGCAACGUCUCAAUUCAAACUUAUCAGCUCCAGAGGAAUACGUGUCGCGCAUUGGCAUCAUCACGGGACAUAUGGUUGACCGAAACCAAGACCCUUCCAAGAUGACUCUUGCAGCAACAUUACGACUGGACCAAGAGCUGCAGGAUUCUUGGGAAUCUAUGCCAAGUCACUUACAAACCGCAGAGCCUUGUCAGGAUGAGAAACGGGAACACUACAUUGAGAGGGUCCCGUUGCAAUUCAUGCUCAAGCUACUGCGUGCUUUUCUCCAUCUCCCCCUGAUGCUGCGAUCUCCCCUUGAGCCUCAAUUCCGUCCCUGCCACACGAUCGCGAUUCAAUCCGCAAGAGAAGGACUCGUUCUAUACAAGGUCCUUCGAUCUAACAUCAAGCCCUAUUUGUGCAAAAUGAUCGACUUUAUGGCCUUCACGCUAUGUCUUCUUUUGAUAAUCCACCUGCAAGGCUAUUCCGAUGAGAAUCCAGAUCAAAGUAAAGAGCAAGAUGAACAAGAUUGGGAUAUGGUAAAGAAGGUCGUUGAGAUCCUUCGUCAGGCGGCAACAGAGCUAGGAGGCUCGGUUGCUGCCGAGUCUGCGAACAUUCUCGGCGCCAUCCACGACGCCAAAGAUUACAAGCACGAUUGGAGCCGCAUCUCGAGCUGCAAAAUUACAGUGCCCUAUUUUGGUACGAUUACGGUCAGGGCAGGAACCAAGUUUUCCAAGGGUCGCCCGAAAAGCAAGGAGCAGACAUCAGUAUCAGGCACAAUAGGGGCGGAGGAUUCUUGCUCAAGACAAUGUCCUAGUCAGCUCUAUACGCCGCCGAUGUCUGACCCUGAAUAUGCACCAAGUACCAACACUGAUGCCUUGAAUGGUGCUUCCCUCACGCCCAGGAUGGCGCCUGGAUAUCCAGACGAGCCAUGGCUUUCGAGGAGUGAAACAGUGGCAAACCCAUAUGUUGGCCUGGAGCUCAACACGUUUAGUGGACUUUUCGAUGAUUUUGGGCAGUACAUGUGGCCAAAUAGCAGUGUUGACCUCGGACUUGAUCAGGGCUGGAAUCUGAACUGGUCAGAUGGUAUGCCACCACCAUGA